AUGGAAGGUGUGUUCUUUAAUGUCGAUAAUGGGUUUAUCGAAGGGAUCGUGAGAGGUUAUCGUAACGGUUUAUUGAACGGCAGUCAAUACAUCAACUUAACACAAUGUGAUACGCUCGAAGAUUUGAGGUUACAGUUGGCUAGUACCGACUAUGGCAAUUUUUUAUCGAAUGUCUCGAGUGAUUCCUUGACUACUACAGUGAUCCAGGAACGUGCUGCAGAUAGACUAUACCAAGAGUUCCAAUAUGUCAGAGAUCAAUCUAGUGGUGCCACCAAAAAGUUUAUGGAUUUCAUCACAUAUGGAUACAUGAUUGACAAUGUUGCCUUGAUGAUUACGGGUACCAUUCACGAUAGAGACAAGGCAGAAAUUUUGGGACGUUGCCAUCCAUUAGGUUGGUUCGAGACUCUUCCCACGUUGACCGUGGCCACAGAUCUAGAGUCUCUUUACGAAACUGUUCUUGUUGAUACACCAUUGGCUUCUUACUUUCGUGAUUGUUUUGAUGAUGCCGAUGAAUUAGACGAUUUAAAUAUCGAGAUUAUUAGAAACAAGCUAUAUCGUGCCUACUUACAAGAUUUCUACGAUUUCAUAUCGACUGAGGUAGACGAGCCUGCCAGGGAAAUUAUGAAGGAGUUGUUGGAAUUUGAAGCUGACAGAAGAGCCAUCAACAUCUCACUAAAUUCAUUGCAAAGUUCAGAUGUUAUCACCUCUGAUUUGAAACGUGACUUACUACCAAAAUUAGGUAAACUAUACCCAGUAGCCACCGAACAACUUGCUAUACAUGGACAAGACUUUGAAUCUGUCAGGCAAAUUGUUGACACCGUUUACCCUUACCGUGGUAUCUUUGAAACUGGUAAUCUUGAAGAUCAUUUCUAUAAGUUAGAAAUGGAAUUAUGCAGGGACGCUUUUACUCAACAAUUCACUGUGUCUACCAUUUGGGCUUGGAUGAAGUCUAGAGAGCAAGAAGUUAGAAACAUAACAUGGAUCGCUGAAUGUAUCGCACAAAAUCAAAAGUCUAAGAUCAAUAACUACAUUUCUGUGUAUUAA